CACCCCUGCCUGCGUCUAUCCUCUUCCCCACUCACACUCCCGUAGCUCCCCAUCCCAGUUUUCUCCCUCCAUUUUCUGGCUUCAGCCUGCUUGUGCCUCCCUCCCAAAUCCACGUACCCUUUCCUGCCUCUCCCUUCCUGCCUUGCCUGCGAUGUCGCUCCCUCCGUUCUUCCCUGGCUCUGUUCCCUCAAUCCUGCUUGUGCAAUGGACUAAGCGUUAAGGCACCCACAGGGGCCUGGAAUGAGAGGCUCUGGGAAGGAAGGGGUUAAGGGAUCCUCGGGUCCUCGGACUGGGAAAAUAGACUGGAGAGGGGAGCGUGACCUCAAUUUUCGGAGAUGAAAGGAGACCACAAUAGGAUUUCAAAAAGAGAAGAGUUAAGUGCCCCUAAGUAUAGCAGGGGUCAAGUAAGUCCUCAGGGCAAGAAAGAGAAAAACAGACAAAGCGUGCCGAGGCGAUAGAAGUUUAAGGCUUCUACCGAAGAUGCCCAGAAAAGAGUAAAGGGAGGGGGCUCGGAGGUUCAAAGCACCCCGAGGCUGCGCUAGAAGGCUCUGCUCUCCGUGGCCGAAUUUCUGGACCCAGCAGCAGAGGGCGCUCCUCAAUAAUAGUACACGGGUAAGAAGUACUCCAAAAAAGCCGCCCCCUGCCAGCGCUGCGUACCCCUGAGGAGGACAGGGUGGGCCAGGCUGGCCAGGCUGUUUAAACACGAGGAAGUGGGGAGUGUGGCACGGAGAACAGCUAAUCAGGAAGGGGGGUGUCAAACACAGCCAGCUGAACAAUUUGGGUACAGUUAAGAGCCAGUCGGCGUCAGGAAAGAUGGAGAGGAUGAGUCAAGUGACUGGCGUGUCCUUGGCUCCCAGAAGUCAAGGGAGAGGUCUACCCCCUGCUACUCCCAUCCCACUUCUUUGCCUUGGGCUAGCCCUCUUACUGUGUUUCUUGGCCGCUCGCUGCCUUUAACACCGGCUUCCUACUUUUUAAAUACUGCCAUUUGAACCCUAACUCUAACCUCCUAAGACCUCGGACGCCCUACCCCCAAAACCUCUCACCCUGAGGGCCUCUCACCGCAGAUGCCCUGCUCUCUGACCUGGAGACCACCACCUCACACAUGUCACGGUUAGGGGCUCCCAAAGAGCGCCCACCAGAGCCGCUCACACCUCCCCCACCCUAUGGCCACCAGCCACAGACGGGAUCUGGAGAAUCUUCAGGAGCCUCUGGAGACAAGGACCAUCUAUACAGUAUGCAAGCCUCGGUCCCCAAAGCCUGUAGCCCCUGUGGCUCCUCCAUUCUCCUCAUCCAGUGGUGUCUUGGGCAGCGGGCUCUGUGAGCUAGACCGUUUGCUGCAGGAACUUAAUGCCACCCAGUUCAACAUUACAGAUGAAAUCAUGUCUCAGUUCCCAUCUAGUAAGAUGGCCGAAGGGGAAGAGAAGGAGGACCAGUCUGAAGACAAGAGCACACCCACUGUCCCUCCCAGCACAUUCCCUGUCCCCUCAAAGCCUUCAGCCACCUCAGCCACUCAGGAGCUGGAUAGACUGAUGGCAUCGCUCUCUGACUUUCGAGUCCAGAACCAUCUUCCAGGCUCGGGGCCUUCUCAGCCUCCAGCAGUGAGCUCCACCCGUGAGGGAUGCUCAUCUCCACCAGGACAGACGAGCAAGGGCAGCCUGGACACGAUGCUGGGCCUGCUGCAGUCCGACCUUAGCCGCCGUGGUGUGCCCACUCAGGCCAAGGGCCUCUGUGGCUCCUGCAACAAGCCUAUUGCUGGGCAAGUGGUCACGGCUCUGGGUAGAGCCUGGCAUCCGGAGCACUUCCUCUGCAGCGGCUGUUCCACCACCCUGGGAGGCAGCAGUUUCUUCGAGAAGGACGGGGCUCCCUUUUGCCCCGAGUGCUACUUUGAGCGCUUCUCCCCACGCUGCGGCUUCUGCAACCAACCCAUCCGACACAAAAUGGUCACCGCCUUGGGCACCCACUGGCACCCAGAACAUUUCUGCUGCGUCAGCUGCGGGGAGCCCUUCGGAGAAGAGGGUUUCCACGAGCGGGAGGGCCGCCCCUACUGCCGCCGGGACUUCAUGCAGCUGUUCGCCCCGCGCUGCCAGGGCUGCCAAGGCCCCAUCUUGGAUAACUACAUCUCUGCACUCAGCGCGCUCUGGCACCCGGACUGCUUCGUCUGCAGGGAAUGCCUCACACCCUUCUCUGGAGGCAGCUUUUUCGAGCACGAGGGUCGCCCGCUAUGUGAAAACCAUUUCCAUGCCCAGCGAGGUUCUUUGUGUGGUACGUGUGGCCUCCCCGUGACUGGCCGCUGCGUGUCUGCUCUGGGCCGCCGCUUCCACCCAGAUCACUUCACCUGCACCUUCUGCCUCCGCCCGCUCACCAAAGGCUCCUUCCAGGAGCGCGCCAGCAAGCCUUACUGCCAGCCUUGCUUCCUGAAGCUCUUCGGCUGACCUCCUUUUGGGAUCACAGAUCUCCAAAACCAAACCUCCAAAAAAAAAAAAAAAAAAAAUUCAUGAAAAAGACUGAAUCCUCCAGAUCCCCAGCUGGAGCUACCCAGACAUCCUUUGCCCCUACCCCUCCGCUCCCGCUGUGGCCCAGCCACUGGAGAGACCCGCCCCUAAAGUAUUCUCAGAAAGGGCCCCGCACAACCACUAGCCUGGAAUGAAGCUCUCACCCUGACCUGAUCCUGGUUUUUGUUUUCUGACCAGUCAGAGGCCAGGAUGUUCCUGUUCCUCCUUGGCUCACUGUUCUGUACACUUUUUCUACAAACAUAAAAACACGCUCCACACCUCA